UCCCACAAACCCUAAUUUUCUCGGAACCUCUUCUUCGCCGGGGAGAUUCGAAUCUAGGUUUUAGCAAUGGAAUCAGAUCAGGGAAAGCUCUUCAUCGGCGGGAUUUCAUGGGACACCGACGAGAAUCUCCUGAGAGAGUACUUCAGCAAUUACGGAGAGGUUUUGCAGGUGACGGUGAUGCGAGAGAAAGCUACAGGUCGUCCGAGAGGAUUCGGAUUCGUUUCCUUCUCCGAUCCCGCCGUCGUUGAUAGGGUUCUUCAGAGCAAGCACCAUAUCGAUAACAGAGAUGUUGAUGUGAAGAGAGCAAUGUCUAGAGAAGAGCAGAGUCCUGGUGGUAGUAGACCAGGGGGUAGUUUUAAUGCUGCGUCUAGGAGUUUUGAUAGUGGAGCUAGCGUGAGGACCAAGAAGAUAUUCGUGGGAGGUUUGCCUCCUGCGUUGACAUCAGAUGAGUUUAGAGCCUACUUCGAGACUUACGGCCCCGUGAGCGAUGCGGUGAUUAUGAUUGACCAGACCACGCAACGUCCUAGAGGUUUUGGGUUUGUUUCGUUUGAUUCUGAAGAUUCUGUUGACCUUGUUUUGCACAAGACUUUCCACGAUUUGAACGGUAAACAAGUGGAAGUUAAAAGAGCUCUUCCUAAAGAUGCUAAUCCUGGAGUUGUUGGAGGUGGUGGGGGUGGUGGUUUCUCGGGAUAUGGUGGAGGUGGAUACGAGGGUCGUGUUGAUUCGAGUAGAUACAUGCCGCCUCAAAACGCUGGAAGCGGUUAUCCUCCUUACGGUGGUUCUGGGUAUGGUACUACUGGUUAUGGUUAUGGAAGCAACGGUGUGGGUUAUGGAGGGUUUGGAGGGUAUGGGAAUCCAUCUGGUGCGCCUUAUGGGAACCCUGGUGUCCCUGGAGCUGGGUUUGGAAGUGGUCCAAGAAGUUCUUGGGGAGGUCAAGCGCCGUCUGGUUACGGUAACGUGGGAUAUGGAAAUGCUCCUGCUGCUCCGUGGGGCGGUUCUGGUGGUCCUGGUUCAGCAGUGAUGGGUCAAGGAGGUGCGUCUGCAGGUUAUGGGUAUGGUGCAAAUGAUUCUUCUUAUGGAGCUCCAUCUGGUUAUGGUGCAGUCGGUGGGCGGCCUAACAGCCUUGGCGGUGGCUAUGCUGAUGUUUCAGAUGGCUCUGGAGGAUAUGGGAAUCACCAAGGGAACGGGCAAGGUGGUUAUGGUGGAGGUUAUGGAAGCGGUAAUCAAGCUUUACAACAGUGAUUGGAGGAAGAAAGAAAGACUACUACAUUGUGGUCUUUUCCUCAAACUCCUCUUUCCUCUUUAAGGAUGCCGCCCUUGACCUGGAUUAUCUAUUUUGUUAGUUUCUUAAUAAGUUGUUCAGGCACUCUUGAUGCUGAGUCGUACUUAGUAUUUCAUAUGAAGUUGUAGUGUGCUUAUUUAUAUUUGUUGCUUUGGAACGUUUUUCUUUUCUCUAUGCUAGUGUUUGUGUUUAACAAUAACUUAUCCACUAUUCAUCUUUCUUUGUUUCAUUUAUUCUUUUGAAUAUUCCUUCAA